ACAACAACAGUGGUGGAGACAACUGUGGCUGACGGUACGACAUUAGACACACAGACUACCACACAAAAACCAACUAGUGCAGCUACUGAAACAACAACAGGGGUGGAGACAACUCUGGCUGAUGUUACAACAAAAAUAGAGACCACCGCUGCCCAACAAACCACUGUAGCUGCAAAGACUACAUUAGUGGUGGAGACAACUGUGGAUGACAGUACGAUAUCAGAGAUAGAGACCACCACUGCUCAACAGACUACUGUAGCUGCAGAGACAACAACUGUGGUACAGACAACCGUCUCUGAUGUUACGACUCAUGUGGCUCAGACAACCACUGCCCAACUGACCUCUGCAGAUGCAGAGACAACAAAAGUGGUUGAGACUACUGUUGCGGAUGUCACGACAUCAGACACACAGACAACCACAGACCAACCGUCCUCUGCAGCUGCUGAGACAACAUUAGUGGUGGAGACAACAGUGGCUGAUGGUACCACUGUAGAGGCGCAGACAACCACAGCCCUACCAACUACUGCAGCUGAAGUUGUGAAGACAACUUUGGCUGAUGGUACAACAAUAGACACAGUGAUCACCACAGCCCAACAGACAAAUGGAGCUGGGGAGACAACAAUAGUGGAGGAGACAACUGUGGGUGAUGUGACUACAUUAAACACACGGACAACAACACGAAAACCAACCACUGCGGCUGUGAAGACAACUUUUGCUGCUGAGACCACUGUGGCUGAGUUCACCACUUCACAGAAAACUACCUUAGGAGGUCUUACAACAUCAGCCAUAGAAACAUCUACCGUUGAUGGUUCAACCAUUACUGUUUCGGCAGGUUUGUUGCUUUCAGACAUUUUUUUAGUGAAAGUUGGUGAUGGAGUUUUGUGAUGUGUGUCAUAUGUAUAAUUCUGUCUUUUGUGUUGGAUUGUCUAUGGUCUGGGCAUAUCAUGCAGGUAUGAGGUUGGUUUUCAAAAGAAAUCAAUCAUUUUUUUGUUUUGAAAUUAUUUUCCUUGUCUGCAUGAAAGCCACUCUUUGAUUUGUGUGAGAACCCCAUCAAAAUUUGAAUGUCACUCUUUUGUACAUUUGAGGCUACAAACAUUAAGGCUGGAUCCAGGGAGAGCUAUGCCCCCUUCGGGGCCUCCUGUAUAAAAUAAGAAGGAGGCAACUUUUUGGGGAGAAGGUGUUUUAUUGUUGUGAAAAUGACAAUGAAGCCUCACCUCUAAGAAAGUCCAUGAGAAAUUUCCAAGUUUUGGGGCUUUCCCCAAACAAGUUUGCACCCCCACCAUUUGGUUCUUCAUCUGCCUUUGCUUUUGGUAGUAGGAUUUUCACUAUAACGUUUAAUAACCCAUUAAUGUUUUUGAGCACAAACUAACCAGCAUGCAAUUGACUUUUAAAUUACCCGAAAUGUUUUUCAGGGUGUGAGUAAACUUUUAUUUUGUUUUGUGGGAACUUGCCUUUGGUUUGGAUGGUAAUUGUGAUAUCUAAAGCUCAAAGGCAUUGGCUGGUUUUUCAUAGAUUUUCACAUGCAGAGCCCUCUUAAUUUAUUGCCUAAUUGUUAAUGUAGGAAAGUCAAAUUUGAUCAAAGUGUAGCUGUUGAAACUGCAUGUGAAUGAAAUUUUCGGAAAACCAGAAAAACGAGAUUUGUGGUUGAUUCAUUCGUGAGAUUGUUUUCAUCUGUAUUUGUUUGGGUUGUCUGUUUGAAAUAUCUGUUAUGUUUCAAUCAGUAUAUUAGUAUUGAUAGGGUUAAUUUAGUAAUAGGGAGACGGCAGUGUAUAGGGAGAAAUGUCUCUAGAUGAUACACUAAAUUAAUUUUCAAAGUCGGUUAUUCCAGUUUUUAAUAGCUCUAGGGAUUAAAUUUCAAUUCAAAGUAUGAGUUAAAGAGAGUUGUAUGUUUCUUUAUAUCACCAUUUUUAUUCAGUUAUAUUUUGCUGUGGCAUAUUUCCUUGCACAUACUGUAAUUCAUCUUCUUUUCUUUUCCAUUACACCAUUGUUUCUUUGUUUCUUUCCAUGAGUGUUUCUUGCAGUUGUAGAGGGAAGGCCUUGUAGUUGCAGCUAUUCAUUUUUUAAGGGGAAGGACUCUUGCAGUGGGCAAAAUAGUAUUUUUAAAAAUCUUCAUCCUUUAUCCCUUUUGCAGUCUUUAAAAUUGACAAGCUACAUAUGUAUGCUCACAAGUGUAACUGGAGAUAAUUGCCUAAACCAGUCCAUGGAAUACUAAUACCGUAAUAAUUGCCAAAACUAUUGGGGUUGCCAAUGCAUCAUUUUAAUACAAGGGGUCCAAUUAUGAGUUUUAUACUUCAGCAUUUGGAGCCUUUGUAUAGAUUUGGAGGCACUGAAAGCUCUUUCACAUUUUUUUGCACGAUUUAGCCAGCACUUUAUAUGGGUUUGCACUUGUUAAUCCGUAAGCACACAUCUACACAGUGUACACCCUAUCAAUGGCCAAAUGAUUGUGCACUUAUCAGCAAUUUUGGUGUGACACAGGGUAUCUUGAGCAUGAACUCACAUUGAACAUUGCUCUGCAGUAUUAACCUUGUACUUGCACCCGUGGGCAGAGUGAAGUAUAUGCAAUUUUAUACACCUCAAAGUGUAUUUGUUUUCCACACAAAAUUUAAUGUAAUUGGGCAGUGGGGGGAAAAGGAAAGAAUAGUGAAGGCAUCAUCACAUUUUGUGUAUGGGCAAUAAGUGCAGCACAAUUCUCAAAGUGUGACUUGCCUGAACACCUUUGCAUAUUGAUUCACGUGAAUAUCUGUGCUCGGUAUACUUUAACAUUGUAGAGCAUGCACACCCUUUGUACAGUGUGAUUCAAUGCACGUCUGUCAUAUACAGUGGGUUUGUCUUCUGAUAAGCUACACAUGUAUACACCAGCCUGAUGUAUGCAGACUUUCACAUGGGCUGCUAAUCUUUGUGGUGAAAUUGCAGUAGUCGCUUUUGAUAACGGACAUUUUGUUUUCCUGUACUAACUUGUUUCAAAUGGAAAAUCUGGAAAUUUUUGAAGACAUUUUUCAUAUCCCUAUCAAGGGCACAUGUUCACAGCUUUCGGUCAUAGGAGCCCAUUGACUGUCCACUCUCAUUUAAGCACUCUCAUCACUGAAUUUCUUCAAGUGCAGCAAAUGUGCUUGUAAACAAGUUUUCCUGGUCGAACUAAAUUGUAUAUUAAAAUCAAACAUGAUGAAACAUGACAAAAUGUAAAACCUGGUCAAAUUCAUGCACAUGGGCGUCUCAGAAUUGGUGGAUGGUUGAACAAAACCCCAAAAGGCUGAAUUAUGUUUGCGAAUGAUGCACCAGAUUCACUUUACAGCAGAAUGCCAUGUAAAAACAUCCCCUUUAUAGAAAUGAAACAGCUGGUCGAAUUAGCAUUUUCAUUUACUUACUAUUAUACAAUGGACAUGUACCUUAUCUUCAUCCUAAUCUGCCCCGAGUUGAAGUGCACCCCCAAAGCGUCCAAAGAAAGAAAGACGGUUCUAAGUUUUCCGAGCGGGUUCUUGCAGGCUUUCUGCAUGAACGCGCAGACCACACAUUAAGGAAUAUAUUUGUUACGCGUACUCAGCGUGCUCCGCGUUGAGAACGCGCCAUUGAUCUCCAUUAUAAACGCGCGCUUAUGCUGUGACUGCCAAAAACACACACCCUCUUGUUGGGUUCGGAGCGGAUAGCAUGGCCAUUUAGCUGCAGAACCUUCCUUUAUUAACGGUGAUUCAUAAGGGAGGCCACAACUAUUCGGCGAUUCAUGGUAGAAUGUAACAACCUCAGGUGUACCAGUCUAAAUAUACAUGUACUAAUCUUAAGUUGACUUGUGGUGAUUAGCAAGAAAAUCAAAAGAUGCAACAGAGGUAUGUGCCGGAAAUUUUUUUGUAUUCGUCGUUUCUUGUUUUUAUGUGCCAUUGGCAGUGUAUUUGUCUUUAUCACUUUCCAACAUUGGUAAGCAGAGAUUUUCUCAGGUUUGUAGCGAAAACCAGGUAGAUUUCUAGCACUUCUGUGUCAACUUUUGUUGAUUUGACGCCUGGUCUUUUCACACUGCGAGCGUUACUGAUGGUGCACAUGUGCAGCUGUAUCCCUUGGAACUCAUGACCCGCCAGAGGGCAAUACACAACAAUGGUAUGCUAAAUAUUUUUGAAAUGGUUUCAACCUUGUUUAAAUAGA